CUGCUAGAGAGAGGUACAUGGCACUUAGCACCGUAGUCUUUGUUGGUGAUUCAGAAACCCGGGUGAAUGACCUAGUAGAACGUGCCAAGGGUCUUAAAGUUAAUACUAGAAUCGAACCUAACGAGGAUCUUGGUCCAGUUAUUGGCAAGGAGGCUAAAGAACGAAUAUGCAGAUUAGUUCAAUCAGGAGUCGAUAGUGAAGCCAAACUACUGCUUGAUGGGAGAAAUAUUGUGGAGGAAAUCUUUGGCCCGGUUCUUAUUUGCAUGAAGGCUGACGGCUUGGACGACGCGAUAAACAUUGCUAAUCAAAACGAAUAUGGUAAUGGUGCUUCUAUAUUCACUAAUUCCGGUGUUGUAGCGAAGAAAUCCAAACAUAAUGCCGUAAAAUAAGGUAUAGUGGAAUCUGCCUUGACAAAAGAAGAUACGAAAAAGAAGAUAAAGUGGAAGAAGUUUAUUAAAGAAGCCUUGAAAUCCAGUCCCGAUGGAGUUUUGAAGAUGCGGAAGCUGCAAAAACGGGUUCUAAAGGCUCUCCAGGAAU